UUUUCCUCACUCUUCUGCUUGUUUCCCAACAUCAAUGUUUUCUCUCUGAUUUCUCAGCGUUUAAGCAUCUGACCCAGCCGGUGUUAAGACAAGUUUGGUUUCAGUGGCAGAGGUGUCCAUCUGACUGGCCAGACAAGUUCUUCCCAUCCCAUAUUAGGCAUGUCGCAAGAAGCACAAAUGGUGAUGAGCCUGCGGGUGUCGGAGCUGCAGGUGCUGCUGGGCUACGCGGGGCGCAACAAACAUGGACGCAAGCACGAGCUGCUGACCAAAGCGCUCCACCUGCUGAAAUCCGGCUGCAGUCCCGCCGUGCACAUGAAGAUCAAAGAGCUCUACCGAAGACGCUUCCCUGCCAAAAUGGUCUCCCACCCCGAGCUGGCGCUGACCGGGCCGCACCACCCGGCUUCAGUCGGAGUCGUCGGGGGAGGCGGGGCGGCGCUGCCUGCCGGCUUGACGCAGCUGGCGUACGAGGGCCACGCCGGUCACGGCAGCGCCCCGUCGCCCGCUGCCUUACUGCCCCUCUCGCUGCUCGGACCCGGGAAGCACGAGCUGACCGCGCUGACGCACCACCUGCCCACUUCGGCCUCGCUGCACCCGGUCCACCCGGAUGUUAAGCUCCAGAGGCUGCCUUUCUACGACCUGCUUGACGAACUUAUCAAGCCGACGAGUCUAGCGUCAGACAACAGCCAGCGGUUUCAGGAGACGUGUUUCGCCUUCGCGUUAACGCCGCAGCAGGUCCAGCAGAUCAGCAGCUCUAUGGACAUCUCGGGGACCAAAUGUGACUUCUCAGUUCAGGUUCAGCUGCGGUUCUGCCUGUCGGAGACAAGCUGUCCUCAGGAAGACCAUUUCCCUCCCAAUCUUUGUGUCAAAGUCAACGGGAAGCCAUGCAACCUGCCGGGUUAUCUCCCUCCAACCAAAAAUGGCGUCGAGCCCAAGCGGCCGAGCCGGCCGAUCAACAUUACCUCACUUGUCAGAUUGUCCACCACAGUCCCGAACACCAUCGUGGUAUCGUGGACCGCAGAGAUCGGAAGGAGUUACUCCAUGGCAGUCUACUUGGUGAAGCAGCAGUCCUCCACAGUGCUGCUACAAAGACUGCGGGCAAAAGGCAUCAGAAACCCAGACCACUCCAGAGCGCUCAUAAAAGAGAAGCUCACGGCGGACCCUGACAGUGAAAUCGCCACGACCAGCCUGCGUGUGUCCCUGCUCUGCCCGCUGGGGAAGAUGCGGUUGAUGAUCCCGUGCAGGGCGCUGACGUGCUCCCAUCUGCAGUGCUUCGACGCCACGCUUUACAUCCAGAUGAAUGAGAAGAAGCCCACCUGGGUCUGUCCUGUCUGCGACAAGAAGGCCCCGUAUGAGCAUCUUAUCAUCGAUGGACUUUUUGUCGAGAUCUUGAACAGCUGCUCAGACUGUGACGAGAUCCAGUUUAAGGAGGAUGGCAGCUGGGCCCCCAUGAGGUCUAAGAAGGAAGUGCAGGAGGUCUCCUCAGCUUCCCUUAACAACGGGAUGGAUGGCUCCUGUCGGACGUCCGAAGGCUCGGAUCAGCACAGCUCCUCAUCCUCCAGCCACAGCGACAGCAGCCACAGCAAAAAGGUGGAAGUGAUCGACCUGACACUCGACAGCUCCUCGGACGAAGAAGAACCAGAUUCCCCGCCGCCGCCGCCUCCUCCUCCGCCUUCCUCUGCAGCACUUCCUCCUCCGGUCAAAAGAGCGUGUCCGUCUCUGUCUCCGACCUCGCCGCCUGUCAUAAACAAAGGGGUGUUGAACCUGCACCACCAGGCCUCUCCCGUCAGCCGCACCCCCAGCAUGCCAGCCAUGGACACCAACUACAUCCCUCCGUUGCCCCCGCUCAUCCAGGACUACAGGCCCUACUACCACACCCCCAACGACCUGUCAGAGUUGAACUUCUUCUCUUUCCUUCCAGGAGACAAUCAUCAGCAUUACAACAUGGUCAUGGCGGCGGCUGCCUCGGCCUCAGAGGACCACGAGCUCCUCCUCAACCGGUUCCUGCCCUACAGCACCUCCUCGUCGGCCUCCCAGCUGUUCCUCGACCAAUCAGGUACCCCCUCGCUGACGGCGCCGACCAACGGGGUGAGCAGCACGGGCGGCGGCGGCUUGGUCUCGUCCAGUAGCCUUCGAGACACUCACUCCACACACUCGUCGUCUUCGCACUCGUCCUCACACCCCUCACACACACACCCCGGGGUGGUGGCCAGUCGAAGCAGCGCCGAGGCGGCAGUGGCAGCUAUCUACGGCGGGAUACCUGACGUCAUAUCACUGGACUGACCCGAGGCGGGGGGCGACGCUCUGGGCCCAGCGUGAGUGCAGUACCACGCCGGACCCGGUGCUGACCGCAGGGUAAACGUUUCUUGUUUUUUUUUUUGUGGAUUUUAUUUUAUUUUUUUGUUUUGUUUUGCUCCAGAGAUUAGACCGGCCCCAUGUCAUCGAACUCUGUCAGCCUUUUCGGAGCCAUAAUGUGGAGAAAAGCACUAAAUAUCUGAGUAGGUGACAUCACUUAAAGGGAGGGGGAGAUGGAGGGAUGUGGAUUUGGUGUUACUGACCUCAGAUGAGGAACCAGUCCGACGUUUGGACCACAUCUGAUCUUUACUGGUACAAACUUGGCACAAACAGCGGAGAUGCUGCCCGAGUGAAAAAAAAACACGAGGUUGGAGGGUUCCUUACAGUUUUCUUUUUCCCCCUUUCUACAAAAACAAGGAGCAGCACCGUGACCAGAGAACAAAAUCUAUUUUCCUCUUUUACUUUUCUACGUCGGGAUCGUUUUCAGUGUAGUGAGCUGCUUCUGUCGCCGUUUCCAGGCGGAGGGAGGACUGGACCUCCUCUCCCUUCAACACCUGCUGCCAUGUUUGCUUAACUUUCCAUCCGCAUCUCCGGCAGCAACCACGUUCCUUUUGCUUUCCUCCCUCUUCGACCUCAUGUCCAGAUUCAUCGUGUAUUUUGUUUUUCUCUAUAAUGAGACUGAGUUAACAGUUGAAUCAUGUCGUAGUAGUUUUAAUAUUCUUUUUAACUUAUGUAUGAUAUUUAAACAGUGAAAUAUGCAUUCCCCUCGACCUUCAGGUUGAUUCUGUGUUGGUUAUUUUCACUCCUUGUAAAGAAUCUGCCGGCGUACAGCAUUUAAACUGUUGAAGCUAUUUAUACUUGCCAAUUUUGACUUUUAGCUGGAAGAUAUUUUUUCUUUUCUUUUUUUUUUGCACAAUGCCAAAAAGUAGGUACUAAUAUGAAAGUGAUCCGAGUGCUGUUGAAUGUGUGUGUGUGUCAGUGUUUUCAGUGCGUUUCUCCGGGUUCAGUGUGUUGCUUUGCGUCUCGCGGCCGACUGUCAUAAAAGGACUUUCCGACGAAGCCGUCGUAGCAACGCCGGGCCUUUUAAAGACACAGUCGUCCGCAGCAUGCGACCCAGCUUAAAGCAGUGCCUGUUUAUUCUGUGCUCAUGUUUGAGGAACCUUGCAGUAAUGUCUUAAAAUCGUCACUUUCUGCGUCUGACGGUUUUGAACCUGCGACUGGUUGCCCGCACCCAUCCGGGGGUGGAAAGCUGAGUCAGGACGGAGCGCUUGCGGCUGACGUCUUGAGAAGUGAACGAAGGCGGCCUCGGCAGGUCAACGCGGGCCCCGCUCCGAAUUAGACGGUUUAAAAAUGCAUGGCCUGCCAGGAGAAAGCCUUGAGUGUCGGAGCAAAGCGCGUUCGCUGUGUUUCACGCAUGGUUUGCUCGUGAAUGUACAUUUUUAAGACAACGCACGCUUUCGUUUGUCGUUGUCCAAGCCGCGUUUCCCCGACAUCCUUUAAAUGUUCCCAGCGUCUGGCUCUAUGAGCGUCUCUCUGACGUCCCCCUUCCAGGCGCCGGAGACAGGCAGCGUCUAAUUAUCCCAGCGAUCACGAGAUAAUGGGCUCUGACAGCGGCUCCCGUCACCUCCCGUCCCAUUCCUCGAUAACCGGACGGGGAUCUGACACGGGGUGACCUCCUCCCUCCCCCUCUGCUCUCCUCUUGGCAUUUCUAACUUCAUUCCUCGCUCCUCUCAUGGGAACCAACUCCUGCCUCUCCGUGGGACUCCAUCAGCUGGUGGAGCAAGUUCUGUUAGUGCGUUUCCUCUGUUGUACAGUAUUUUAUUUAUUUUGUAUCCUUCGUGUCUAUAUAUUGAAUUUUUUUUUACAUUUUUUAAAAAAAUUGCUCAGUGGCUGAAAGCGAGUGUGAGUCACUGUCAUGCGGGAGCUGAUUGUGAAAAGAUUUUAUUUAAUAUGCAUUGAAUAAUUAUUUAGCAGCAGCUCGACUACUCAGUAAGGUGUUGUGAUGAUUCUCUAGGGAAAUAAAUGCCACUGUGCAUUUACUCUGGUAGCAGACUCUGGUAAUCCUUUUAUGGGCACAAAACGAAUGCUUAAUUAAUUCAUGCAUGAUUAAUUGUUUCUUUUGAAUUAAUUGUGUCGUGUGUUCCGGAAUGCAGCGGUGUAGAAAGGAGUGCAGAAAAAAUAAAUAAAUACAAAAAUAGGCUACGCAACCAGAAACCCAGCAGACAAAUCCAAAUAUUAGGUCGUUUUCCGAGAUAAUAGCAUAAAGAAUAAAGAUGAUACACGUUACACAAGCUAGGAGGCGUGGGCUGGUUUCCACUAUGUUUCAUGUCCUCUUAAUUUGAAAGUGCAGAGAGGAAGUGCCUGUCUGUUUGGAGCAGGUGUGGGAACUAGCGCCACCUAUCAACCAAGUUGCUCCGAUACAGACAACUGUAUAGGAGCACACUUUGCAUAAACCCUGAAAGUAUCAUAAAAUUUAUUCUAUGUUUUGGCUUGCCUCACAAGGCUACAUGGACCAUUAUAUACCCUGAUGUUUUAUUUUCCUUCAAAAACCUGCAACAUUUCACCCCCAUUUUUUGUCUUCCACCCCCUGGUGGAGCACUGAGGCAUUACAGAUGACCUGUCGAGGUUUUUCUAGAAGUCCAAGAUUAUCUGCAGGUGACUGAUGGGAGUUUUGAAGCUGCACAAAGUCGUUUUCUUUGAGUCGGUCACAGUCAGAUGUGUGUAGAGCAACACGAUGUUUUACUCAACCAAAAGAAGCAAAUGUUGGCAUUUGUUUUAUUUUUUCACUCAAGUAAAAGUAAAACCUUUCCAUACAAAAAAUGAGUAAGGUGAGAAUAAAAAAAAGCGUUCCUUCGAAAUGCUACUCAUGUAUUUAGUAAUUGUUUGAUUGCAACACCUGAUGUGAUAUUUAGAGAUGAUGGCAACAAAAAAUAUGCAAACAAGUCAAAUUGUUAUAUGCAGAAGAAAGAUUUAGCUUUUCCAAAUCAAUCUGUUUCAACAGAAACCUUAGAAAACUGAUGCUUAAAAUAAACGUCGCUAGUUGCCACCCUCCUCUGCUCCCAGUGAGUGAAGCGUAAAAAGAGUUGGUCGUUUAUCCAAACUGGUCUUAAAUUGCGACGUUUUACCCCAAAACCAAACCAAGAGAGCGCUCACUGUUCUGGUCACUUAUUAAAAAGUAAACAUGAAAAAAAAAAAACACCUCAGAAAAAGAAAGAAAAGAAAAAAGACAAAGCGUCGCCACAAAUAAAUGCAGCACUGAGCUUUUUGUUUUGACCCUUCAUUAAUUUAAAGAUAAGCAUUGCUAGAGGGUGCGCUCAAAACAGUUUUUAAAAGUGAGUAAAUUAUUAAGUGUACAAUUUGAUUUUUAAUUCAUACAGAUAAUUAUUUUUAUUGGGAAAUUAUAUUGAAAAACAUUUAUCCUAACAUGUGACUUAAGGUAUAAAAAAGCUGAGAAUUUUUUUAUCAUGUUCCAAAUUAGCAGUUCAGACUAAAAUGUCUUAAGUUAAGCUUUAAACAGUGAUGUGUUCAAAAUCAAAGUGGCAACUAAAGCAUGUUGUAAUCAUUUUUUUGUUUUGUUUCAUUUUUUUGUUUUUGCUUUUUAGCAUUGUUUUAAAGCAAUUAGAUUAUUUUUAUAUAGUUUUAAUCAUUUGUUAAUAGCAUAGUGAACACUGUGGGAUUAUAUUCCAGGUUGUCAUAGCGUGAGGCUCGACGGUAAACAACCGUCUCAUUUUUAGAUCUGCCUUGUUCAUAUUCACACCAACUCAGCCCGUUUACCUCGUGUUACCAUCUGGCGCCGGUUCAGGGCUUGUCUGUUCGCGCGUCGACGACACUGAAAAAUACAUCGCGAGGGCCUGAAAAGCUUUUCACUCCAGCCGUUUGGAUCCGAGUUGGACGGCGCCCUGUUGUGCUGAACGCUGAGAGGCAGCCAAGCUGUCCUCCUCCUCAAACAUCCUUUGUAAAGUAGCACAAAAUUUUUAAAAAAAAUCUCCAUUUGAGAAUUUUAAAUGUAUGCUGAUUAUGAAACUGAAACAGGACGUCCUUCCUAAAUAAAACAUUUGAAAAGCAGCUUUGUUUGCAGAGUCCUGCAGGGCUUCUGGACGGAGGUGCAGAGAGUUUCCCUCCAGGCCAUCAGGGAGUCUGUAAAUCUUUAAUCCUUAUCAUUCAGACGCAUGGACAGAAUGUGCCUUUAAUAUAAAGCGUUACCAGAUUCCUGCUGCUCCACCCCCAAACCCCUCCGCCCCGCCCUCCCGUGUUGGGAUACUUGACGAGACAGUCACUGUAACUGAAAGCUUUUGAUUGCGGCUUAACUUAUUGAAGCUUCUGUCCUCACUCCCGUCAUGCUGCUGACUUCAUGACGGCCAGGGGGCGCCAGAGCAAGCUGUGUUGAAUGUGUUUCUGCUCAAACAUCACAAGCUUCUGUGUGGGAUUACCAAAAAUGAUGAAGUUGGAUCUCCUCCUGGUUUCUCUCCACUGUUAUUAUUAUUAUUUGUGGCUCUUCAACAGUGGACUCUGGGAAAGCAGCUCCUCUCUUCGGUCAUCCUCACCUUAACUUAAAGGGAAAAAGUGUUUAUAUUCUGUCAGUAUGGGAAAACCCUGAAAACCGAACGUUCAGAUCCAAACGUGAGCCGUUCGAUGUCCGCUCGUAUGCGUCUGUUUUUUUUUUUUUUUUUUGUGUGUGUGUGUGUGUGUGUGUGCGUGUGUGCGGGAGCGUGCGUGCGUGCGCGUCACUUCAGAGCGAAAGGAAUAAAAAUAAUUUAUAUAUUUUUUAGAAAACGAAAGUUGUAAAACAAAAAAACAAACAAAAAAAAAGACGACUGUGGCCAAUAAAGAGUCUCACACAGCAGAAAUGAUCUCCUUCGACGGACUCGAGUCGACAUCUGCACUCACUGCCUUAUUAACAGGUUUCACAGCUCCAAUCUGAGAGAAAGAAAAACUUGUUUUGACAAAAAAAAACAUAAAUAAAAUAAAUAGAUUUAAAAAGAAAGAAAAAAAAAGGCUUUUCAUGGACGGAAGGAGGAAGACGGUGUACAGUAGACCCACGUCAGUUUGUACAAAUAUACCAAGUGAAAAAAAAAAUAUUUAUUACCUGCAUUGGAAGAAAUUGUUUACUUAUUGAAUGUUACUUGUUUAUGUAGAAAAGUAGAUGUAAUAAAAUGCAUUCUGCUACA